AUGAUACCGAGACGACAGGUACCCCUGGUAUUGGCUCAGGCACGCCGAUGCCGAACGGUGACCCACCGCUAUCAGCACUCGGUGGCCGCAGUGCCAGCGCCACGCAGGUCCUUCAGCAGCACCGGCAGUCAUGAAUCUGUGACGGGGAUGGACGAAAACCCCACCGACAGCGAGUUGAUGCGGCUGGAGGAGGACUACGCUACGCUCAAAGUGAACUGGUUCCCGGGCCACAUGGUGAAGGCCACCAAGGUCAUCCGGGAGAAACUCAAGCAGGUGGACAUGGUGUUCGAGGUUCGCGACGCGAGGAUACCCUUCACCUCGGCGAACGAGGACUUGGACAAGAUCGUCGGGCCGAGCAAGGCGCGGCUCAUCGUCCUCAACAAGGCCGACCUCAGCAACCAAGCCUUGGAGCAACGUGUCCUCCAGCGCUUCAAAGAGCAGGGCAAGGCCGCCGUGUACGCCUGCGGGCGAACGGGCACCAACGUGAACAAGCUGCUGGCGUGGGCCAGAGAGCGGGGGGCGAGGAGGGGGGAGUUUUCGACCACGGGGGCCAUCGCGAUGGUGGUUGGCAUGCCGAACGUUGGAAAGUCCAGCCUGAUAAACCUUCUCCGCGGCAAAGCCAACAGGGGCGGGGGCGGAGGAGGGGAUGGAGAGGGAGCUAAGCAGGUGGCCCGCGUGGGUGCGAUGCCCGGCGUCACCCGCCAAGUGUCGGCCUUCCGUAUCGCGUCCAACCCGCCGCUCUACCUGGUCGACACGCCGGGAGUCAUGGUGCCGCGGGUGGAGAGCAAGACGGCGGGGCUAUUCCUCGCGCUCACCCGGGCGGUCCCUGAUUCUGCGGUGCCCUCCGAUGUGCUGGUGGGGUUCAUGCUGCGAGUCGUGAGGUCCCGGAGGUCUUCCGGUGCACGGGACCGUUCGGUGACGGCGCUUUCGGCUCCGAGGCGGGAGGAUGACAUGGAGGCGUUGCUGGAGGCGGUGGAGCGGGAGAGCGGGGCGGAGGGGAAGCCGGCCCCGGAAGCGCGGCGGAUCUGCUGCCGGUUCCUGCUGGACGCCUUCCGGGACGGACAGUUCGGGAGGAUCACCCUCGACAGCGUGCCCCGACGCCGCGUCUUAAAAACAAAUAAUGCGGCGGAAUUGGCCUCCGGAGCACCACCCCCGGCGUGGGCGCAGCUGGUGGCGCGCCGGGGAGAAGACAGGGGGCGGGCGGAGGCGGGGCCGGUAGUGCGAGAGGGGCGGCGGCCUUCUGCUUCGCCGGAAAGCGACCUCGCGGAGAGGCUGGUGCGGGACUGGUCGAGCGCGGACGCGUGGGAGAGGGCAGACGCAGAUGCGAGGCGGACUUGA